AACUGACCAGCACUCUGAGACCGACAGAGAAGAGUAACAGGCUUAGUGGGUUCUAACAGAAUACAGUAUCUCUGAGCCAUGAUGACUCCACUUGUCCUGUGUCUGAUCCUCUCCUCUAUGGGAGGCCAGACCACAGCCCAGUGGCAGGGUAAUGAGUUAGAACAGGGUGUGGUUAACGUUGCUGGGCAUGAGACCAGUGACCACUGUGCCCUGUGCUGUGCCAGCCAGGCUACACAUGCUGCCACCUGUGCACAGGAAAGCCAGGUUACCAGUCUACAGAACACAGUUGAGCAGCAGCAGAGCCUGAUUUCCAGUCUACAGAUUCAACUAUCUCAACAACUACAAAUGCUACAGGCAUUUGAAGGAAGACCCCAUGACUGUUCAGACCUGCUGAAGGAAGGGUAUGACAGCAGUGGGAUCUACACCAUCUAUCCCUAUUGCAACGAUGUCCAGGAGAGUGGAAAAAGCAUUGGGGUGUUCUGUGACAUGGGCACAGAUGGUGGUGGAUGGACAGUUUUCCAGCGCCGUCAGGAUGGUUCUGAGGACUUCUACCGGGGCUGGGCUGAUUACAAGGCUGGGUUUGGCAAACUGGACGGAGAGUUUUGGCUAGGCAAUGACAAACUCCACCAGCUGACCAGCCAAGCCCAGUAUGAGUUGCGGGUUGACCUGGAGGAUUUUGAGGGCAACAGUGCGUAUGCGCAGUACCAGGUCUUUACUGUGGGGAGUGAAGCUGGACACUACAUACUGACUGUUGGGGGAUACAAUGGGACAGCAGGAGACUCCUUGGACUCGAUCGGACAUAAUGGGAGGCCGUUCAGCACUAAGGACAGGGACUAUGAUGGCAGUUCUGGCUCCUGUGCCCUGGCAUACAAGGGGGCCUGGUGGUACAGCAGCUGCCACAACUCCAACCUGAAUGGCCUGUACCAUGGAGGUCCCCAUACUUCCAAUGCAGAUGGAGUCAAUUGGCAGACCUGGAAGGGCUACUAUUACUCCCUGAAGCACACUGAGAUGAAGAUACGUCCCAUAACUAACUAAAGCAGGGAUGUGACAUGUACUAAUUGUAACAUUGUUACAUUGACCAAGGGUCAUCAGC